AUGACUGGUUCUUCUAUGUGCGAAGCUGUUGCUUUCAUCCGGCUUUUGGAUCCAUCGGUCCGGUUUACUUCUCUGUGCUUUUUACCAAAUCAUACCCUCAAUCAGUUUAGGAAUUUGAAAGUCUUGGACUUGCGAGAUAGCGAUGUUGAUGAUCUGAAUGGACAUUGGCUCAGCCAUUUUCCUGAUUCAUAUACGUCACUAGUAUCCCUCAAUAUUACUUGUUUGCAGUCUGAGGUGAGUUUUUCUGCAUUGGAGCGUCUCGUGGAGAGGUGUCCAAACUUACAGACACUGCGGCUCAAUCGUCCUGUUCCCCUUGCUAGGCAAGCUAACCUACUUCGUCACGCACCUCAACUGGUUGAGUUUGGUGCUGGAUGUUACACAGCAGACAUGAGAUCUGAUGUUUUUUCCAACUUAAUUGGAGCAUUUUCAAACUGCACAGAACUGAAGUGUCUAUCUGGAUUUUGGGACGUCGUCCCUGCAUACCUUCCUUCUGUUUAUCCGACUUGCUCUCGGCUAACAUCCUUAAACUUAAGUGAAGCUAUAAUUCAAAGUGACGAUCUUACCAAGCUUAUCAGUCAAUGUCAUAAUUUGCAGAAGCUUUGGGUGCUGGAUUACAUUGAAGACGCUGGCCUUGAAGUACUUGCAGAUACAUGCAAGGAUCUUCGGGAAUUAAGAGUAUUUCCCUCCGAACCUUAUGGACGAGAACCAAAUGUCUCUCUCACAGAACAGGGUCUCAUCUCUGUUUCUGAAGGUUGCUCAAAGCUACAAUCUGUUCUGUACUUCUGUCGUCAAAUGACAAAUGCUGCUUUAGUGACCAUUGCCAGGAAUCGCCCGAACAUGACUCGAUUUCGUCUAUGUAUUAUGGAGCCAGGAACUCCUGACUACCUCACAAAUAUGCCACUUGAUGUAGGCUUUGGUGCCAUUGUUGAGCAUUGCAAAGAUCUGCAGCGCUUUUCUCUUUCUGGUCUUCUUACUGAUCGAGUUUUCGAGCUUAUAGGAACUUAUGGCAAGAAGCUAGAGAUGCUAUCUGUGGCAUUUGCUGGCGAUACUGAUUUAGGACUUCACCAUGUGUUGUCAGGAUGCGAUAGUCUCCGCAAGCUGGAGAUUAGGGACUGUCCUUUUGGCGAUAAAGCUCUUUUGGCCAAUGCUGCAAAGCUCGAGACAAUGCGAUCCCUUUGGAUGUCUUCUUGCUCGGUGAGUUUUGGAGCAUGCAAAUUGUUAGCUCAGAAGCUUCCCAAACUUAACGUCGAAGUUAUAGAUGAGAGGGGUCCCCCAAAUACAAGGCCUGAAAGUUGUCCCGUUGAGAGACUUUACAUAUACCGAACUGUUGCUGGGCAUCGGUUCGACAUGCCUGGUUUCGUAUGGAUGUUGGACGGAGAUUCUGCUCUAAGGCUUGAUGCAACUCUCGCCAACCCGGGAUCGAAGCCCUAGUAAGUGAAAGCUCACAUAAUGGGAAUGAAAGAUGGUAGGUACAUAUGGCCCUUCCUGCUAUUUACUGCUCCUAAUGUAGUUCUCUGUGUCAAUAACCUAAUUUGCAGCUCUAAUUUAAAUGGAGUGAGGAGGUACAUUUACCAUUUUCAGAGGCAGAGCAACUCCAUUCCAUUCCAUUGCCAUUCAUUUUAUACUUUGGCUGAGCUGUGGGGGGAAUAGACAGCAUUUAGUCAUCAAUAAAGAUAGUGAAGUUCCUUCUUCUUUUUCCUCUUCUUCUUCCUUUUCUUCAAUUGUACCGCACCCGAAACUGAUUUAUGGUGAAUUCGUAGUUGCCGUGUAUACUAUGGCCAGAUUAUUUUGCCCUUUGAUUGUAUGUUAAUUAGACAUUCAUUUCAGAUCUCAACAGAACUCUUUGUUCUUGUCCUUUCUAAAUCCUUCUUGGUUUCUCAUUGUCUUGUUCAUUAUUCUGUCGGUCGAAUCCCGAAUACCGUAAUGGAUUAUUACAAACCCUUUGAGAUAAAACCAGAGAUUUCAGAAGGUGGUGAUGAUAUGGUAAACAAAAAGGCAUAAAGAAUGUGUUCUGUUGAGACUGUUUGGAAUCUUCUCUUUUUGGGUCUCUUUUUCUCAUGAAGCUGACUCAGUUUUUUCUUCAUUUUGGUUGAUGGGUUUCUGUAUUUAGCAGCAGAAGAAGCAAAAACACCUGAUGAKAUUUCCAAACAAGCAGAGGAUUUAGAGGAGAGAGAGAGAGAAAUUUGAAAGUAGGGCAAGAGAGAGAGAGAGGGGCAGAUUUUGAAAUGUGGGGAAAAAGGAAAAAGCAGGUCAAAGAGACGAAUCUGUUUUCUGUGAAAAAGUGGGUUUGUGGUUUGUCAAAUUGCAGACAGAUUUAUUGGUUGAUGAUGCC